UUAACUGUCUGCACAUCGGUAACAUCUCCUGAGGAAGAUUCGCAUGGAUUUCUUUACCCCGUCUACUCUAGCACUCCACAUUUCGAAGACCAGCCAGCAACUGCAUCAAGAGAGGACACAAACUUUUUUGUGUUGACAAAGGCGAUAUAAUAUUAGACAAUCGUCAAUCUUCGUUACCUUUCUUCCAGGGUCGUCCAUCAAACACUUCAUGCGGUCUCGUGUGCUCCUCGCCAUGUUCAGGGUCUGUGUAACUCUGAGUGUCAUCUUCAGUCUCGGACGCUCACAGGUUACCUACACAUGUACUGAUGGAUAUGAGUAUGAUGAUACAAGACAUGCCUGCAAAGACAUAGAUGAGUGCGUUGCGUUGCCCGACGCGUGUAAGGGGGGCAUGAAGUGUGUCAACCAUUUCGGGGGCUACCUGUGUCUGCCCAACAACGCGGAAAUCUUCAUCAGCACCGCCGAGGACGAGGAAGGCGCGGGGCCUGGGGACGCCCCGGAGCCCCUCCCCCCGGCUCCAGACCCCGCCCCUCAACCUGGAAGUGGGCCGGCACCAGGAAGUGGGCCGGGAGCAGGUAGUGAAGCAGGAAGUAGCCGCAGAGCCACUACAGGGACAGGCCCCGCCCCCGCCCCCCUGCCCAGGCAGCAGCCCGCACCAUCAGGAGGUAUAAAUUGUGCCCUGGUUCCCUACUUGUGCCAAUACCAGUGUGUGAACCAGGCGGGGGUCUAUGGGUGUGUGUGUCCAGAAGGAUACCAGCUGCAGGCAGACCGGCUGUGUGAAGAUAGGAAUGAGUGUGAGGAGGGCCACUACUGCUCUGCGGAUCAGCUGUGCUGGAACUACCAUGGAGGAUAUCGCUGCUUCCCCAGAAACCCAUGCAGACCGCCCUACACCGCCAUCGCAGAGGGGCGUUGUGCGUGUCGUUCGGAUGUGCCUGCGUGUCGAGGUCUUCCCUCCUCCAUGGUCUACAAGUAUAUGAGCAUCACAUCAGGACGGACACUCCCCGCAGACCUCUUCCAGGUGGCCUCUACAGAUGCCAGUAGCAGUAUGAUACACACCUUCAGCAUCGCCUCGGGAAACGACAGGCAGGAGUUCUACCUCAGGACUAUCAGUGGUCGCAGUGCCAUGCUUGUGAUGACGCGUCCGCUGCAGGGUCCCAGAGAGGCCGUAGUGGACAUCGAGAUGCACACACACAACACGGCUCUCAACUACCGCUCCAGUGCUAUACUACGACUAACCAUCGUCAUAGGAGCUUACCCAUUCUAAAUUGCACACGCACGCACACACACAGAUGCACACACACAACACCACACUCAAUUACCGCUUGUCCAUUGUAAAUUGUGCGCGUGCGCACACACACACACACACACCAGGGAUUGAAAUAAGCAUCCGUCCACCUGCCAAUGACGGGUAAAUUUCAGUGGUGACUGGUACAUUUUUCAACCCACCGGUCACUUUGACUGGUAAAAACAGUGAGUGACUGGUAGAUUUUUGAAUCUACCUGCCACCGUGACUGGUGGGGAAACCACCCCUGACACACACACACACACACACACACACACACACACACACACACACACACACACACACAAGCAAGUAUUUUUCGGUUCGCAUUGUGAACCAAAUUUCCGUGAACUUUUAGAUCUGCGGCAUGAACAUGCCAGUGUGCGGUUAGGUGCGGGAAUGAGCAUCGGCAUGGCUCUCAGUCGGUCUGAACGUGCCAUGAGUGCGUUUGUGAUGAGUUAACCAAGAAUAGGCUGUGUUUUUCUGAAGUUAAAAUCAGUCCGUCUCAAAAAUGUUUGGCCUUGACUUAUACUUUUACUAUUAAGAUUACUUAAAGAAUAACUAUUUUUAAACAAAUUACUUGUUUACAUAAUUUUGCAAUUCUUAGAGAGUUUUGCAUCUGAACUGUCCAUAUGCUACAAGCUUGUGCAUUCUUGAAAAGAACAUGUAAUUUAAAUUUUUUUUUUAAAAAAAACACACACACACACAUUCCCAAAAGGCACUUUAAACAUAAUCAACUGCUUCUAAAGCCAACGAUUGAAAUGAUUCUAACGCUAAUUUUCUAAAUGGCUGCAAAACUAACAUUGCAAGUGCUUAUGAAGCCAAUGUUUUAAAUUGUUCUACUGGUAAUGUGUUUAAUGCUUAUAAAGCCAAUGUUUUAAAUGAUUCUAAAGCCAAUGUUUUAAAUGAUUCUAAAGCCAAUGUUUUAAAUGAUUCUGAAGCCAAUGUUUUAAAUGAUGCUGAAGCCAAUGUUUUAAAUGAUUCUAAUGCCAAUGUUUUUGUAAGAUUUUUAAGGUAAUGUCUUACGGUAAAUUGUUCUAAAGCCAAUGUCUUUAAAGUGAUGUUCUUUGUUCCUGGGCCGUGUCAAUUGCUCUGUCCAUGCACAAUGCACACACGCAAACACUCGCACACAAACACACACGCACACCUUCAAAGUGAGGCUGAGUGGAACUGAUCUACAAACAUUAACUCCAGAGAAGAUCGGAGCGUACAGACACACCCACACCCACACACUAGAGAAGAUCCAGGCUGAGUUCAGAAGUGCAAAUAAAAGCGGAUUUGAUUUUCACACAGUCA